AUGGACUCUGAUCCUGGCACGCUCCAGCCCGAGGCGAUUUCGGAUCCAGUACCUGCGCUCGAUGGUGCUAUCUCAAUCACCUCUACUGCCCAACCUCUGGAUAAUGGGAAUGGGUCACCUCAAGCCGAUAUCGCGGCUCAGCCUGCGGUCGUCCUUGCAGCCCAACCUCCUCCCCCCGGCAACACAGCAUUCCCUGCUCGGAUCCGCAUUCCGACUGGGUUUCCACCCAUUGACCCUGACAAGAUGCAGGAGCUUAGAGACUGGCUUGAGAUCCAUGCCGGUGUCGAAGGCGACAGUCAAGUUGCAACUGGGCUUCACACACAACUUCUCAAGUCUAUGGAGCCUCAACAACAAGACCUGGAAGCAAUCUGUCGUAUGAUGGGCAUCGAUACCAAUGGUAUUAAUUGGAGAGAAGGGAUCCAGAUUCCGGGAGUCAUAGAGGGUAAGCUCAAGGCAAGACCUCAUCAAAUUGCUGGUGCCAAUUGGAUUUCGACAACUCUCGAAUCGCCCCUUCGUGCCGCGCUGCUAGCGGAUGAGUGCGGAACUGGCAAAACCGUCCAGAUUGGCAUUGCACUCGCCAUCCAUUAUUAUCGCAUGAAGGCAGAAGUGGAAGCUGGGACGUUCAAGCCUCGUGAUGAAAAGCGGUGGUUCAAGCCCAGUGUAAUCUUUUGUCUGCCAGAUCUCGCCUAUCAAACAUUUCGAGAAUGGUCGCGCUGGUUCCCAGAUUUCUUCGACAUCCAGAUUUGUCACGGAACAAAAGCUCAGGCUGCUGAUGAGUUCCUUGAGCGUCAUAUCAUGGAUGAAGAUGAUGGUUUGCAGACUUGGGUCGAUGAGAAUGCCGCGUCGCACCAAAGUAUCGACACGCUUCGAAACAUUGCCAUCAUCCCAUACCAUACGGCUGUCAGGCGCAUGGUCGUCCCCGACCAGAGUCAAGAUGCCAAUGGAGGUCCAGCACAUUUAACUCGAGGGCUUAAGCGAAAGAGAAACAACAAGGACGAAAAAGAAGAGCUCAAUUUCUCUAUCAAUGGACAAAGCUACAACUGGGUCAUUUGUGAUGAUGUAUACGCCAUUCGCGGACCUCGAACCAAGACACACCAACUGAUCACCAAGUUGGAUCGUGAAGCGACACUGGGUUAUGUCACCUUGCUGUGGCGACGACAGUGGCCGUUUGUCUACGGCCGUGAAACUCUUGCCUACCGUCGUUUCGACGCUUCGGUGUAUUUCGAGAAGGGAGCUUGGGAAGCGCUCCAAGCCGAUAGGGAGUACAAGAGGCUCACCAUUAACUACAUCAUCCAACGAAGGCGUAGGGAAGUGGGCCCUUUAACAUUGUGUGACCACCAAAUCAGGGAGGAGUACAUCACUUACAUCAGGGACAAGAAGGGUCCCUUAUUCCUGAUGAACCCAGACCUCUUCCAGAGGUUCUGCGAAGAGUCGAGAUCCAAGAGGCCUGGAAUUGCACAGGACGCCAUUCGACCUCUUCUCGAAAUGUUUUGUCUUCGUCGUGGAAUGUUGACACCUGCGACGAUGCCCGACGGCACAACCGUCGUCCCAAGCGAAGGUAUGCUCCCCAUGCAUAUCAGAACGGUCAAACUUCAGUUUCGCAAUAACGAGGACAAGGAGAAUUUGUACGAAAUCAUCAAGAAGCAUUACCCGUUUCUGUUCCAAGGUUCCACGGAUCCUGCCAAGUCAAUUGGACAUGGUACUGUCGACAAGAGCAAGUUCUUGUGGCCAAAUGCAACAGUCGUUCGGACGCUGUCUUUGUCUACUACCAACAUUGACUUCUACCUUCUCACCCAGAAAAUUGAUGAGGGCACGGCGCAAGAAAAACCGGCACCCCUAAAUUCUGAUCUAGGUCGGAAAGUGGUGAUGACCAACCAACCUUGCUUGGACAGACUGAAGUCAUUCAACUCCUCCGGAGCGCCUAUCGAUACGGAUGAUCACAAUGAGCUCAAGACGAUCUUGCGCAAGGAUGGAGUUGGAGGAUUGUUAUGGCAUCUCAGCGAGAUGCAGGAGAAUCACGAUGUCGAGUUCCCCGAGGAUCGCGACGACAUCAUCAAGACGUUCUGCUCUCGUAGUCCCAAGCUUUGCUGGGCAAUCAAUCGAAUCCUGGAGCUGAAGGAACAGGGGCAUCGUGUUCUUGUCUUAGUCGACAAUCCUCUGACCUCCUUGAUCCUCAUGGCCCUACUUACAAGCCUCUGCGUCAAGACUCUCAACAUUCGAAGUUCACACAACGCUGAUCAGCGCGCUCACAUGGUUCGUCAGUUCAACCAUCCAGGAAGCCAGGUCGACGCACUGGUUGCCUCCUUUCAGCUCGAUGGAUUCGGCAUGAACCUCCAGGGAGCUUGUCAUCAUGGAAUCGUGGUAGAGUAUCCCAAGAACCUCCCCACCAUGCUCCAUGGUUUCGGCCGACUUUGGAGAAUGGGACAGGAACACAAAGUCCACUGGGACGUCCUCUAUCUGGAGGACUCGUUCGAUGGCUGGAAUGAAACGUGGAUGACAUCCAAGUUUGCCGAUAUCCUUGCAGCCGAAGGACAAAUUCCUGACGAGAUUAAAGGAGAGUACCGAGUCAUCUGUGGAUUUGAACUCAUCAAGCAGUACCUCGGGCAAGAUAGCAACAGGUACCCCCGAACUCGAGUGACUUGGGCUGAACAGGAGCAUCCCUUGGUGACCCGAGAAGGCCAUUUCUACUCAGCGGUUGCAAACUAUCUCAUGCAGAAUCCAGGGCGAUUCGAAGAGUUUCGCCGACGGCCCCUGCGAUUUAUUGCCCUUAACUGGAAUCCGAACCAAGGCGAGUUAACCCCUGACAUGAUCGAGGGGCACUCUCCGGUUCUGAAUGAUGGAGUCAUCCUAGACUCACGCAACCCUCGAACACGUGGCUAUGUUGCAGUCAACGAGGGUGGUAAUAUUUUCCAAGAGAACGAGCAGGCUGUUGAGAUCCGGUUGAACUUGAUUGUUGAUGAUUCUCGCCUCGAGAUGGAGCGGAAGCGACGACUGGGGAGGGGGUUCAUCAACGUGAAUGCUUAUGCUUAG